AUGUCUCACCGAAAGUACGAGGCUCCCCGCCAUGGUUCAUUGGCCUACCUCCCUCGCAAGAGGGCUGCCAGACAUAGAGGCAAGGUCAAGUCCUUCCCCAAGGAUGACCCUAAGAAGCCUGUCCACCUGACUGCCGCCAUGGGCUACAAGGCUGGUAUGACCACCAUCGUCCGCGAUCUCGACAGACCUGGUGCCAAGUCGCACAAGAAGGAGGUCGUGGAGGCUGUGUCCAUUAUUGAUACCCCACCGAUGAUCGUUGUUGGUCUGGUUGGCUACAUCGAGACUCCCCGCGGACUGCGCUCCCUUACUACCGUCUGGGCUGAGCAUCUGGGCGACGAACUGAAGCGACGAUUUUACAAGAACUGGUACAAGAGCAAGAAGAAGGCCUUCACCAAGUAUGCCAAGAAGCAUUCCGAGAACAAGGGCGCCUCCAUCACCAGCGAGCUCGAGCGCAUCAAGAAGUAUUGCACCGUCGUCCGUGUCCUCGCCCACACCCAGAUCCGCAAGACCCCCCUCAAGCAGAAGAAGGCCCACCUUAUGGAGAUCCAGAUCAACGGUGGCUCCGUCGCCGACAAGGUCGAGUUCGGUCACGGUCUCUUCGAGAAGCCCGUCUCUAUCGACAGCAUCUUCGAGAAGGACGAGGUGAUCGAUGUCAUCGCCGUCACCAAGGGUCACGGUUACGCUGGUGUUACCGCCAGAUGGGGAACCAAGAAGCUGCCGCGUAAGACCCACAAGGGUCUCCGAAAGGUCGCUUGUAUCGGUGCCUGGCAUCCGUCCCACGUCCAGUGGACUGUUGCCCGUGCUGGUCAGCAGGGUUACCACCACCGUACCUCUGUCAACCACAAGGUUUACAGAAUCGGCAAGGGUGGUGCUGAGGACAACGCCGCCACUGAGCUCGAUGUCACCAAGAAGACCAUCACUCCUCUUGGUGGUUUCGUCCGCUAUGGUGAGGUCAACAACGACUUCGUCAUGGUCAAGGGUUCUAUCCCUGGUACCAAGAAGAGAAUCAUGACUCUCCGCAAGUCCAUGUUCACCCACACCUCAAGAAAGGCCCUGGAGAAGGUCGAGCUCAAGUGGAUCGACACCUCGUCCGAGUUCGGACACGGUGCUUUCCAGACACCGGCGGAGAAGAAGCAGUACCAGGGUACUCUCAAGAAGGACCUGGUUGCCGCAUAG